AUGUAUCGUUUCCGAUCACAGCUCUUCACCGGGAUUUCUGCAGCCGCCAGCGCCCGCCUUCACCCACGCCGCUCCUCGCCUCUGCUAGCCGACGCCUCGCCGCUCAGCCACCCGCCGCACCGCCGCACGAGUAAAAAGUGCAGCUCCAUCGGCUGA